UUGUAAUCGUGUCCCCCGUGUGUAUAUACAGGCAGAUUCCAUUUCAUUUGUCAAGUGUCAUGUUUGAACUGCUGUGAUCUUCGCACGGACUUUUUGCUUUAUCGUGCUUCCGUACGAAAAGCGACGUGCGACGAAUCAUCCGUGCGAGCGGAUUGCGAAUGUUGGAGAAGAACAACAAGGAGCACUCGGUUCCGGGCGGACACCGCAUGGAAACGGUUAAGAUUCGAAUGCGCGCACUGGCUUUCCGAGACCGGUAGCGUUGAGUGAUCGUCCUCAGAUCGCGUUUACGGGAGACGGUCAUGUCUCGAACGCCGCACCGCAAGAAAUAGAACCCACAGCAUUCUUUACGACGUUCUGAGCGCUUCCCGCGAAAAUGGUUGCGAAUUUCCGCCACGGUUCGACUUUGUUCCUGGUUUUCAUCGGAGCCUACCUAUUUUGCCGAGGAUUUUUCCUGCACCGCAAUCUCUCCCAGAAAACCUCGACUUGUAAUGAUCUCCAUGAGUUCCAUCAAAUUGAAUCGCACGGGCUGCCCUGCUGGAGCAACCGGCGUUACGAUCGUGUCGUAGUUCUCGUGAUUGAUGCGCUCAAAUAUGACUUUACUGUGUACCAAGAAGACUCAACCGCUUAUUGGGCGAACCGAAUGCCAAUCUUCGAAAAGCUUCGCUCUCACUUCCCACGACAGACGUUUCACGCGCGUUUCGUCGCCGAUUCACCGACGACGACCCUGCAGCGGCUGACGGCGCUGCUGACCGGCAGUAUGCCGACAUUCAUUGACGCAGCCACGAAUUUCUAUCAGACAUCGGUGAACGAAGAUAAUCUCGUCAGACAAAUGAAACUUAAUAAUCUCAGUGUUGUGUUCAUGGGUGACGAUACGUGGAUGAGUCUCCUGCCGGAUUCCUUCAAGAGGAGCUACCCGUACCCCUCUUUCGUUGUUCACGAUCUUCACACGGUCGACGACGGUGUCCUCUCGCACAUCUACGAGGAACUCGCGACAGAUGAUGCCGAUGUACUAAUCGCCCACUUUCUUGGAGUGGAUCACUGUGGACAUUGGUACCACCAGGAUCAUCCGGAGAUGGGCUCCAAGUUAUCACAGAUGAACGAAGUUGUCGCCAAUGUGAGUCGUCAACUCCGAACGGGGGAUCUACUGGUUGUGUUCGGAGACCACGGAAUGACCCUCUCAGGAGAUCACGGAGGCGACACCGACGAGGAGAAGACCUCGGCGCUCUUCAUGUUCGCUCCGGGGACGGACAGCCUCGUGAAGUACUACGAUAUCACGGACGAUCCCAAAGUGUCCCAAAUCGAUAUAGUGCCCUCGCUAUCGUUGCUGAUGGGCAUCCCUAUUCCGUUUUCGAGCUUGGGCAUGCUCAUAGAACCUCUUUUCCUCUCCCGACCCCUAGAUGGUCGGGAACUCGUACCGCUGUGGAUAAACGCUCAGCAGGUCCAGCGUUACGUGAACACGUCUUCACAUCUGCUCAAGUUGAUUCCGCUCAAAGUAAAUCAAUUGAAUCGACUAUGGGAUGUGCUCGCAGUGAACUUCAAUGAUACGUUAAGCGCCAGAGCCCUAUAUCGAGCUGCCACAGACUAUUUGUCGAAAGUUCAAAGCGUCGCCCGGAGUGCCUUCACAGUGUUCAAUAUACCUUAUAUGGGUCUGGGAGUUGUACAUUUGACCGUCGCUUCUCUAAUAGCCACGCUGGGCGCAAUGAAGGACGUCGAACUCAGCUCCACUGAAAACAGUCGGGAACGUUCGCUCUAUUGCUGGGUCGUGGUCAUUGAGACGGCUGUUGUCUGCUUGGGGCACUUCUCGAAUAGUUUCAUAAUCAAUGAGGACCUGGCGAGUUUGUUCAUGCUGCAGGGUAUUCUGCUCAUGAUCUUGGCGGCGAAUCGAAACCUAUGGAAACGAUUAUUCAUCGUGGGACUCAUGAUCCUGCUGCGGGUCCUAUCACCUCUGGGUUCCGUGUGCCGUCAUGAACAGGGAUGCAAAGUCACCGAAGAUCAACCCGGCGGCGUGUGGUUCGUUUUGGCCGCGGCGUCAGUGAUCGCGUCUGUGGCUUUCGCGCGCCAUCACGUGAGCCAAACCUUCGGGAAAUCGUUUUCCCUCUCGGCCAGCGCUCCCGCGAUCCUCUCCGCGCUGUACAUAGCCGCACUGACGCUGUUGUCGUAUUGGUUCCUGCAGACUCAGGAUCCGAAGAAAAUCCAUGCGUUAGCGACCUAUAUCCACGUCCUGCCGAACGUCAGCGCCGUCUGCUCGAUAUUCUUCCAAGUAUUACUGGUCCUGCAUCGGAAAUUCGCGAAAGAUCGGGUGAUCCUGCAUUUGAAUUAUGUGAUCCUCCACACUCUCGGCCUAUGGCUCCUGCUGAGCGUGUACACAACGCCGCGGCACGUUCCGUCCCUGUUCGUGCACGCGGUAUGUCUCCUGCUCAUGUUCCUGACGCGGGCCGUUCCCGAAGAGUUGGAGGGCGCGCUGGUCGCGGCCCUCAUGACGAACACCUUCUUCGCGACGGGCCAUCAGAACACAUUCCAACAAAUUCAAUGGAAAGCUGGAUUCGUCGGCGCGGCCGGAUCCAGUCUCGUUGUACCUGGUAUCCGGGUGGUCUUGAACACUUUCAGCGGACAGAUUCUCACAGGAUUUCUUCUACCCGCGGUGAUGAGGAAACAUAUUUCUAGGAGUUCUCUGAUAGCUAUUCUGGUCACAAGAUUGACGCAUCAAUGUGUGGCGUGUUUCAUUCUACGUCAGCAUCUCAUGCUGUGGGCUGUUUUCGCGACGAAGCUCCUUUUCACCAUUGUCGAGAUGACCGUGCUUCUGUUGAGCAUCGCUCUCGGGAUUUUGAUUUGUAAGAAUUCGGCCUAUUGGACGCUCGGUCAUCUGAGUCUUUUGGAAAACACCUCCAAAAAACAAACGGAACCCGAAAGGCCUCCGAGAAGGAAAUCUGAUCGACUGAAGAAAUGA